AUGAUGACGGGAAUUUUCCAUAUUGCUGAGAAAAAGAUCAACCUGGAACGGCUCAAACAACUGGCUCAAAAGCCACCAAAAGUGUAUCCCUAUGUUCCUAUAUCGUCCUUAACCCUGAAAGAGGUCGAGAAAUGCAUGAAGCUUAAGAGCACCACAGAAAUGGACUUAGAGCUUUACCAGUUCAUUGCUCCUGUCGAUUUGUGUGACGCGCACAGUAACGUCUUGAAAAGUUGUCAGGUCGCAUUUGCUAAAGACGAAAAAGAGCUUGCUCGCCUUACACUGGGACUUCUCCUUGGUUAUGCAAACAAGAUCGUAAGCUCCAAUGCGAAAGUUGUACGCCCUUUGAAUUUUGGCACAAAUGGCUGUAUAUGGAAAUUUGGAUCUGUGACCCUUCGCCGAAUGAAAUCAAUACUUUGGGGCCGACCAGAUUACCACCUUUGGUACGGCAAACGGGCCAAUACGGCAGUGAAUGUGGUUGUGGUACAGUCCAAAGGUCCUGGAACUGGUAUCGCACAAGCAUUAUGCUACAUGGGUAAGUUCUUAUACUCGUGA